AUGCUUCGAUUCGAGCCAUCAGACUCCUCCUCUGGCAAGACAUGGCGUGAUAUCAUUGAACUUCCAAGCCAAGGUCACCAUUGCAUAGCCAACCUCGACACAGGCGAUGUUCUACAACCUCGAACCACAGUUGCACUCCCUUUUCACCUCUACAUCUCGAUGAUCCCCAAAACCCGAGCGGUCACCCUUCUCGUCCAACCUUCGAUAA